AGAUCGUUAGUAUUUUGCAGGGCACCAAUCGACGGGAAACCAUCGACGCGCCCCAGUUAGUUAACGGUUAACUAACUGGCCUGUAUAGGCUGCUCUGCUACCCAUAGAGGUAAGUGCGAAAAGCACGACGGGCCCUCUCCCUGAAGUAAUGCCUAACGGCGGUCCCGGGGAGACCAAGGGCUUUAGCUGUCCAGCUUAGGUUGCUCAGCAUGGGUAAAAGCAGACGCACAUGACACACGAACGCAUACUCAGUUUUUAGUUCAAAUAAUUGGAAAAGGGUAUUUUUUUUGGCUAUGAUGGGACCACUGUGCAAUGUGUAAGAAUUGAAAUUAUCAUUCCGUAUGGCUAAUACCAAUUUUUACUAUGUUUUAAGCAACCAUUGAUACUAUAAAACUCAAAUUUUGUCCAUAUUACCCCAAUAGCUGUCCAUUGCAUCCCAAAGGAUUUGUUUAUGUCCGAAAAUUGAUAUUUUUAUUUGCGUUAAGUUUUCGUUCUUUUGACCUGAAUAUCAUGAUUUUUUUCGUGUGAAAACAUAGAAAACAGGUCUAUAUUACUAUGAUACCUUACGAAAACACAGGCUGCGAAAUAAGUGGAGUUUCCUUAGGGGGUCCGAAUUACCCCAAACUACCCUACAGGAAUGAGGAAAAAACAAUCGCUUAAAAGCUGUGCGAAGCAAGAGAGCUCGGUAUACCAGAUUAGAAAUCGAUCAUUUGAGUCAAGUCUCAACGUCGUUCAGCUAGAAGAUCCGGUAUACUAACUCGCCCUUAAAGAUGUCCAAGCCUUUCCCGUUCUUGAUAGAUUUGAGUCCGUUUUUUUUAAUAAUUUGUGCAGUUCAUUUUUUUUGCAUAAAACUGUCUUUGGAUGAACUUUCUGCCCCCAAUCCUAACCAUCUUUCCGUCCGAACCGAUUUUUUUUGUGAUUCCGGGUAUAAAUUCUCUGAUCAAUUUAAAAAUUUAGAAUCUGUUAACACAAUGAUCUGCCAGUAUUGUCGAAUUUAAAAACAUUGAAAAACAAUAAAAUAAAAACAUCCAGGAAAGCCUAACAUUCCUACAUUUAGUCAUUUGAUUGAGGAUAACAAGCAUACGUAGUUCUACACUGAUGGGAGCCGUUGGUAUUUCCUACUGCCGCUAUGACGAGAGUAAGAGAACUGUUUCCCCUAGUCAUAAGUACUCGGCUCAAAGCCACUUAAGAUUACUCUACUUCUGCAAGACCAGUAUAUAAACUGGGAGCCGCAGGCUGUUAAAAUCAUAGUACGCAAUCGUUCAUUGAUUUAACCUGAGUAGAUCAAGGCGAUAAAAAUGUAUCGCUACCUUCAAGCAAUUUUGUGUUUAUCUUUGGUCAUAUUUCUGGUCAGUGGGUUACCACUGACCAAUGAUCAUGCUGAAGAGUUGAGCGGAAAUUCCGAAGGUGAUAUGGUUCUCUCCAAUGAACAGCGAUCUUCUUUGAACAUUAAUCGCAACGGAUUGUUGGAUGAAAAGUACCGCUGGCCAAAUAACACCGUUCAAUACAAAAUCAUUCCGGAAAACUUCACUUCUGAACAAAUUGACUAUAUUCACAAGGCGCUCAACACAAUUGCUAACGUAUCUUGUUUAACCUUCGUGGAAGCUGCGCCAGAUGCAACUUCGUAUGUUAGAGUUGUUGGCGACACUACGGGUUGUUUUUCCAAAGUUGGUUUCACUGAAUCCAUCCAAGAUUUGAACCUGGCACCAAAUGUACUAGAGCAGGGCUGUUUCCGACUUGGUACGAUCAUUCAUGAGUUCCUCCAUGCCUUAGGAUUCUACCACAUGCAAAGCGCCAGUGACCGUGAUGACUACGUAACUAUCGUGUGGGAAAACAUUCAACCGGGAAGGGAGCAUAACUUCGAAAAGUACGCCAGUACUGAAAUCAGUAGUUUUGACACAGGUUACGAUUAUGGAAGUGUUUUACACUACCCAGCUACCGCUUUCAGCGUGAAUGAGGAACGCACGAUUAUCCCGAAAGAUCCUAACGCUACCAUCGGACAGCGUAAAGGUAUGAGUGAGAAGGAUAUUGCUAAGCUUAACCACAUGUACAAAUGUGAUGGUUCAAUAAAUAAAAAUCAUUGAUUCAUCUUGAAAUGAGUAUAUUGUUUCUGAUUCCGGAAAACUUCACUUCUGAACAAAUCGACUAUAUUCACAAGGCGCUCAACACAAUUGCUAACGUAUCUUGUUUAACGUUCGUGGAAGCUGCGCCAGA